AUGAAGGGAGUAGCUAUCACAUUGGUGGUGGUGGUGGUGCUAGCGACGGUACAGUUGAUGGCAAAGCCGAGCAAUGCUGCCAUCAACUGUAGCCAAGUUGAGGGUGCACUUUCACCGUGCAUCCAGUACCUGACCCAAGGUGGAACUCCAUCGGACACAUGCUGUUCCGGGGUUAGAAAUUUGCAAUCUGAGGCGCAGACCAAGGAGGACAGGCAGGCAGCGUGUAGCUGCAUGAAGACCGCAGCUGCAAGCUUCCAAAUAAGGGAUGACGCGGCUGCUGAACUCCCUCAAAAAUGUGAAGUUCAAAUCAAUAUCCCUAUCUCUCGCAACACUGACUGGUUGAUUAAGGUGGAUGACACAAGAGCCUGGAAUAAAGUUGGGAUGCUUUGGUUAAAGCUACCUCCUUGA